GAACGGUCCUAUUAUCAGCUGUUUAUUUCCGCAAGCCGAAAACGUUUACAAGUCUUUAACUAAUUUGGAAAGAAACAAUGGUUAACGAUAAAAAGCGUCGCUCGCGAUCACGGGAGCGCCACAGGGAGGAUCGACCGGCAAUGGGCAAUCCCAGGGAUCGCGAGCGGGAGAGAGAUCGUGUGAGGGAGCGGGACAGGCAGUACGAAAGGGAGAAGGAAAGACGCCAGCGCCGGUCGCGUUCCCGAGAGGAUCGCAACAGGCGAAGAUCACCCGAACGACAAAGGCCUCGUGAUAAUGUCCGAGAGCGGUCAAGAGAAAGGGGUGGUGUCGGUGGUGGAGGAGGAGGUGCAGUGGAAAAGAAGGCCAAAAUGGAGUCUGGCGAUGCCCCACCAAAACCGUUAAUUGUUGACGAAGAAGAUCAACAGGAUGGCAAGGAUGCAAAGCUGAAGAAAGAGCCCCUCUCGCUGGAGGAGCUGCUGGACAAAAAGAAACGCGAGGAGGAAGCCAGAAGCAAGCCAGUUUUCCUCACGAAGGAGCAAAGAGCCCUAGAGGCCAUCAAGCGACGCCAGGAGGAAGUGGAGCGACAGCGAGCUGCCCAUGAUGCUGCCCGUGAACAAAUGGCGGCCGCCAGCAAGGUUAGUAUCUCUAUGGGCACGGCCAUGGCUUCGGGAGCUCCGCCGCCGGCGAUUAUGGCACCGCCACCUAAGCCGGAUCGGCGGGAACGAGGAGGUGGUCGAGAUCGAGGCGACAGGAACGAUAGGGGCGAGCGAGGUGAUCGAGGCGAGCGAGGCGAUGACAAGCGAGCAGAAGACCUUACCCACAAAGACAAGGAAAAGGAGUUAGAAGCCAUCCGAGAACGCUACCUGGGCAUUAUCAAGAAGAAGCGUCGUGUUCGCCGACUCAACGACCGCAAAUUUGUUUUCGAUUGGGAUGCUGGAGAAGAUACCUCCAUUGACUACAACAAUCUCUAUAAAGAACGCCAUCAUGUCCAAUUCUUUGGCAGAGGAAAUGUGGCCGGCAUCGAUAUUAAGGAACAAAAGCGAACCCAGAGCAAAUUUUACGGAGAUCUCCUGGAGAAAAGGAGAACCGAGGCAGAGAAGGAACAGGAGAAAGUGCGACUAAAAAAGAUGAAGCGCAAGGAGGACAAGCAGAAGUGGGACGAUCGACACUGGUCCGAAAAGGAUAAUGAUGAAAUGACUGAACGCGAUUGGCGUAUCUUCAGGGAGGACUACAAUGUUACAAUUAAGGGUGGGAGAAUUCCCAAUCCCAUCCGAAGUUGGAGUGAGUCCGGAUUCCCCAAGGAGAUCAUCGACAUUAUCGACAAAGUGGGCUAUAAAGAACCCACGCCCAUUCAAAGACAAGCUAUACCCAUUGGUUUGCAGAACAGGGAUAUUAUUGGCGUGGCUGAGACCGGUUCCGGUAAAACAUUGGCCUUCCUCAUACCCCUGCUCUCUUGGAUUCAGUCUCUGCCCAAAAUCGAGCGUCUGGAGGAUGUGGACCAGGGUCCCUAUGCCAUUAUCAUGGCUCCCACGCGUGAGUUGGCCCAACAAAUCGAGGAGGAAACAACCAAAUUUGGACAACCGUUGGGCAUACGAACUGUGGUCGUUGUGGGCGGUUUGUCAAGAGAGGAGCAGGGCUUCCGCCUGCGGUUGGGCUGUGAGAUUGUCAUUGCUACUCCAGGUCGUCUCAUUGAUGUGCUGGAAAAUCGGUAUUUGGUGCUGAACCAAUGUACAUACAUAGUCCUCGAUGAGGCCGAUCGUAUGAUAGACAUGGGCUUCGAGCCAGAUGUUCAAAAGAUCUUGGAGUACAUGCCCGUCACCAACCUGAAACCCGAUACCGAGGAGGCUGAGGACGAAACGAAGCUGAUGGAGAACUUCUACACUAAAAAGAAGUACCGCCAAACCGUGAUGUUUACGGCAACGAUGCCUCCGGCUGUGGAAAGAUUAGCUCGGACGUAUCUUCGGCGACCGGCAACGGUUUACAUUGGAUCUGUUGGAAAGCCGACAGAGAGAACAGAGCAAAUAGUGUACAUGAUGGGCGAGAACGACAAGCGCAAGAAGCUUAUGGAGAUUCUUUCGAGGAAAAUCGAUCCACCAGUUAUUAUCUUCGUUAAUCAAAAGAAGGGCGCCGAUGUUCUGGCAAAGGGACUGGAGAAACUGGGCUACAACUCGUGCACAUUGCACGGCGGCAAGGGUCAGGAGCAGAGAGAGUAUGCUUUGGCUGCUUUGAAAUCAGGCGCAAAGGACAUACUGGUGGCUACCGACGUUGCUGGUCGUGGUAUUGACAUCAAGGACGUGUCCUUGGUUAUUAACUAUGACAUGGCCAAGACCAUCGAGGAUUACACACAUCGUAUCGGUCGUACUGGUCGUGCUGGCAAAACCGGUUGUGCCAUUUCGUUUGUCACCAAGGACGAUAGUGCUCUGUUCUACGAUCUUAAGCAAUGUGUGUCUGCAAGUCCUGUCUCGACCUGUCCACCGGAGCUUAUGAAUCAUCCGGAAGCGCAGCACAAACCGGGCACGGUGGUUACUAAAAAGCGCAGGGAGGAAAAAAUAUUCGCCUAAACUGGCACAUCUUCAACUGAACUACUUUAGGUUAAAUAUAAAAACUAAUAAAGUUGGGUAUGCCCAUGGUCAUGACUUGGCAACCAAAAUUUCUUUCUGGAAA